AUGGCUCAGGUAGAAAAGGUGAAGAUCCUCGGAACCGACUCCAUUCAUGUGGGGUACGGGAUCCAGGACCAUAUUGUGAAGGAGACUCUCUCCAACCUAGCUACAUCUACCUAUGUUAUCGUCACUGAUGAGAAUAUGGAGAAGACUGCUCCAUUCCAGAAAUUGAGGGCUUCUUUCGAAUCACAAAUCAAAGAACAGAGACCGGACCUGAGACUUCUCACAUACGCUGUGUCGCCCGGUGAAAACAACAAAUCUCGUGAGACCAAAGCCAAAGUGGAAGACUUCCUCUUAUUAAGUGGAUGCACCAGAGAUACCGUUAUUUUGGCCGUGGGUGGUGGUGUUGUGGGUGACAUGAUUGGCUUCGUGGCUGCUACUUUCAUGAGAGGUGUUCGUGUUGUCCAGGUUCCUACGACAUUGCUUGCAAUGGUGGACUCUGCUGUGGGUGGAAAGACUGCCAUUGAUACACCUUUGGGUAAGAACUUUAUUGGAGCCUUCCAUCAGCCUAAAUAUGUCUUUGUCGAUGUUUCCUUCUUGGAAACGUUGCCUACGAGGCAGUUCAUCAAUGGUAUGGCAGAGGUGGUGAAGACCGCUGCUAUCUGGGACGAACCUGAGUUCACAAGACUUGAGAACUUUGCACCUACCUUUUUGAAGGUCGUCAGCUCCGACUCUAUUGAUCUCAAGGAGAUCAAAGAAGACUUGGUCAAGACCGUGUUGGGUUCCAUUAGAGUAAAGGCAGAUGUUGUGUCCAAGGAUGAGAAGGAAUCCAGUUUGAGAAAUCUUCUCAAUUUUGGCCAUACCAUCGGCCAUGCUAUCGAGGCCAUUGUCACCCCACAGGCACUCCAUGGUGAGUGUGUGUCCAUUGGUAUGGUUCUUGAGGCUGAAUUGUCCAGAUACUGGGGUAUUUUGAGCCCUGUUGGUGUUGCCAGACUCGUGAAGUGCCUCAAUGCUUAUAACCUUCCCACAUCGAUCAACGACAAAACCUUCCUUCUGAACGUCGGUUUCAAGAGACACUUUGUUGUUAUUGACAGCUUAUUGAAAAAGAUGGCUGUGGACAAAAAGAAUGAUGGUUCCAAGAUCAGAACCGUGAUUCUCGAGGCAAUUGGUAAGUGCUACCAGUGGAAGGCCCACGAGGUCUCCCAGCAAGAUCUCAGGUUUGUCCUCACAGAUGAGACGUUGGUUCUGCCAUUCAGCGAAUCAGCUACCCCAUCCACCAAUACAGUCAUUCCACCAGGUUCCAAAUCCAUUUCCAAUAGAGCUUUGAUCUUGGCCGCUCUUGGUUCAGGAACUGUCAAAAUCAAGAACCUUUUACAUUCUGACGACACGAAACAUAUGUUGGCUGCCGUUGCAGCUUUGAAAGGUGCCGAAAUCUCGACCGAAGACAACGGUGAAACUAUCGUCGUCACCGGCAACGGUGGCAGCAUGAUCACCUGCGAUGACCAAAUCUACUUGGGUAACGCCGGUACAGCCUCUCGUUUCUUGACCACCGUUGCCUCUCUCGUCCAGAUCAACAAACAGUCAAACGACUACACUGUCUUGACUGGUAAUGCUAGAAUGCAAGAGAGACCCAUUGGUCCUUUGGUGGAUGCUUUGAGAAGUAAUGGCUCUGAAGUUGAGUACUUGAACAGCCAGGGCUCCUUGCCUUUGAAGAUCAAAGCCGGCAAUGGGUUGAAGGGUGGCAGAAUCGAGCUCGGUGCUACGAUCUCCUCUCAGUACGUCUCUUCCAUCUUGAUGUGCGCUCCAUAUGCCCAGGAAGAGGUAACUUUAGCCCUCGUUGGAGGUAAGCCAAUCUCCCAAUUGUACAUCGACAUGACCAUUUCCAUGAUGAAGGCUUUUGGUAUUGAAGUUACCAAGUCCACGACGGAAGAGUACACUUAUCACAUUCCAAAGGGCUCCUACAAGAACCCAGAGGUCUAUGAGAUCGAGUCCGACGCAUCUUCAGCUACAUACCCCUUGGCUUUCGCCGCAAUGACCGGCACUUCUUGCACUGUGCCUAACAUCGGCUCUUCUUCGUUACAGGGUGAUGCCAGAUUUGCUGUUGAUGUGUUGAAACCAAUGGGAUGCACUGUCGAACAAACCGCUACUUCCACUACCGUUAAAGGCCCUUCUAGAGGCUCUCUAAAGCCAUUAAAGCAUGUUGAUAUGGAGCCCAUGACUGACGCUUUCCUUACAGCCUCUGUUGUUGCUGCUAUUGCAAAUGACUCGACACCCACCCAAAUCACUGGUAUUGCUAACCAGAGGGUGAAGGAGUGUAACAGAAUCAAAGCCAUGGUGGAUGAACUUGCCAAGUUCGGUGUCACUGCCAACGAGCUUCCUGAUGGUAUUGAGAUUCACGGUAUUGACUACAAAAACUUGAAGGUUCCUUCUGCUGCUCAAGGCGGUGUCAAGACCUACGAUGACCACAGAGUCGCCAUGUCUUUCUCCUUGUUGGCUGGCAUGUGCCCUGAGCCAGUUCUCAUAACAGAAAGAUCUUGUACUGGUAAGACAUGGCCUGGAUGGUGGGACAUCUUGCACACCAAGUUUGGUGUUGAACUAGAUGGAUUUGAGCCACCUAAGGAUUUGAACGAUGUGAGUCUUUUGGCCAAUGCUAGAAAGAAUGGUGACAAGUCCAUUGUUGUCAUUGGUAUGAGAGCUGCUGGUAAGUCCACUGUGAGUCGCUGGAUGGCCAACUUGCUCGGCUUCAAGCUCAUCGAUGCUGAUGACGCCUUUGAGGAGCAGCAUGGUGAUAUCAGAGAGUUCAUCAAGAAGGAGGGUUGGGAGAAGUUCCGUGAAAUUGAGGCCAAGAUUUUCGAGCACAUUGUCACCGAGAAGUCAACAGGCUACAUCAUCUCUACUGGUGGCGGAAUUGUCGAAGGCGAAGAAUCGAGAACUUUUCUCAAGAACUACGCUAAGUCCGGAAUUGUCCUUCACUUGCACCGUGACUUGGACGAGACCAUCAUCUUCUUGAACUCGGACGCUACUAGACCAGCAUACAUCAGCGAGAUCAAGGAGGUUUGGCAGAGAAGAGAAAAGUGGUACCACGAUUGCUCAAAUUUCCUUUUCUACUCUGCUCACUGCUCCACCGAUAAUGAAUUCAAGAAGUUGAGGCAAUCGUUCUCAAACUUCAUCAAGACCAUCACCGGUCUCGAGGUUACUAGGGUGCCAGCAACGAGAUCUUACGCUGUUGGUCUCACACAUGAGAACUUGGAGGAUAUUGCUGAGGACUUGGAAGACAUCACUGCAGCCUCCUCUGCUGUCGAAUUGAGAGUUGAUCUCUUGAAGGAGCACACGCCCACCUACGUUGCUGAGCAAGUGGCCAUUCUCAGAAAGUAUGUCAACUCGCCCAUCAUCUUUACUGUGCGUACCAAGAGCCAAGGUGGUGCUUUCCCUGAUGAGGAUAUCGAGAAGUACCAGGACUUGACGGGAUUGGCCAUUAAAUUGGGUGUUGAGUACUUGGAUCUCCAGUUGAGUAUUCCAGUGAAGAUUACCAAGCAGAUUUUCGGCAAGAAGGGCUUUACCAAGAUUAUUGCCUCCUACGUUGACUUGAAGGGAGAGCAUAAGUGGAGUGAUCCUGCUUGGGACAACAGAUACAAUGCUGCUUUCAGUUUGAACGCUGAUGUGAUCAAGUUGGUUGGCACCGCCACUGAUUUCCAGGAGAAUAUUGACGUUGAAAACUUUAAGAAUGCCCACCAGAGCACUCCACUCAUUGCAUACAACCACGGUGAGGAAGGUAAGUUGUCGAAGGUUUUGAACAAGCUCUUCACGCCGAUCACAAGCGAACUCUUGCCUGGUAUUCCUUCAGAGGGAGAAGUCACUCUUGCUGAGAUCAACAGCUCACUCAGCCAGAUUGGUAUUUUGACUAAGAAGCAGUUCAACGUGGUGGGCUCUCCUAUAGAACACUCUCGUUCGCCAGAUCUCCACGGCUCUGCCUACCAGGAAUUGAGCUUACCGUUUAAAUUUGGCCGUUUCGAAAGCAGUAACGCUGAAGAGGUCUACAAUGAGUUGAUCUCGAAGCCUGAUUUUGGAGGUUUGGCCGUCACCAUGCCUUUGAAGCUCGAUAUCAUGAAAUACACCGACGAGCUCUCGGACGCUGCCAAGCUUAUUGGUGCCGUCAAUACUGUGGUUCCCCUUAAGGGUCAGCCCGGUAAGUUCUUGGGUGACAAUACGGAUUGGUACGGUAUCACCAAGUCUUUCACCAGAAACGGUGUGCCUGCUAUUGAGCACGCUUCAGUGAACGGUUUGGUUAUUGGCGGUGGCGGCACUGCCAGAGCUGCCGCUUAUGCUUUGCACCAGAUUGGCUGCUCCAAAAUCUACAUGAUCAACCGUACGGCUUCUAAACUCUACGAGAUCAGAGACCAGUUGCCUCAGAAUUUCAACAUUGAAAUCUUGGAAACCAAAAAGCAAGUCGAUGCAGCAGAGCCCGUCUCUCUUGCCGUGUCUUGUGUCGCUGCAGACAAGCCUCUUGACGACAAUCUCCUCAACAGCGUUGAGAGUUUGCUUCACCGUGGGGCUCUGGCCAAGAAAGGUGGCUUCAACCCCACGCUUCUCGACGCUGUGUACAAACCACGUGUUACGCCAAUGAUGAAGAUCGCCCAGGACAAGUACCAGUGGACGGUUGUUCCUGGUGUGGAGAUGUUGGUGAACCAAGGAGAGAGGCAGUUUGAGGUCCACACGGGGCUCACCCCUCCGUACAAGGUUAUCUACAAUGCUGUUUCCACCCUGCUGUCGGGCACGGGUUUCUUUGGAAGUGUCCGUUCCAUGUUUGGUAAGCUGCAACGCCAACUUGACAUAGAGAAGAAGGAAGAGAGGGAGAACGCCAACAACCCAUAUAUCCAGUAUCCCGUGGUCACCAGGGAGCAGAUGAAGUACAUCAGCAAUGACCGCUUCAAGUUCCAGCUAGGGCACGCCCUGUUUGCCCAUCAUUCCACGGUUUCGGACCCUACCGUGCAUUCCCUUAGUGACUUGACAGACCCAACACAACUCAAUAGUCUUUUGCCUAGAAGAAGGCCACAGGGCUCUCCUGCCGAUACGCUCUCCAUCAAGGCUGGCGACGACGCCAUGUUGGUAUCUCCGACGGUCAUGGCUAUCGCCGAUGGCGUGUCAGGCUGGGAGUCCAAGGGGGAGCAGUGUUCCCUGGGCAUCUGGUCUAGAUCCAUGGUGGAAACGCUCAGUCGUCUCAUGACAGAGUACAAGCUCAACACCUCACCUCACCACCUUAAUAAGAGAGACAUCGACCAGAUCUUGGACGACUCGUACUUGCAUACUUCCCACUUGAUGGACCUCCAGGACUUGAGAGGCUCUUCGACGCUUGUCUUGUGCAUGUUGAGUGGCGAAUACCUCAAGAUGAUUAGCAUUGGCGACUCCAAGAUCUUCAUCGUGCGUAAGGGUGAGAUCAUCAAGACUAACGAGGAACAGCUUGUCUCCGAGUUGUGUCCUCAGCAAAUUGGCACACAAACGCUUAAUGUGAUGCCUUCUGAAGUCGCAUGGGUUGACUCCAUCAAGCUCCAGCCCGAUGACAUUAUUGUCAUGUGUUCUGAUGGUAUCACAGACAAUUUGCAUGACUGGGAAAUCGCCCAUAUGAUCGAUGAGUACACUCAUUUCAAGAAUGAUGACAUGCGUGCUGUCGCCAACAAGAUUCUCAGAAAGGCGAAGCUGACGGCCUACGAUGACAACGCCUACACGCCUUACAACGAAAUGGUCAACAAACUCCCUGAGAACCGUUUUGGCAAGAACAUCAGUUUGGGUGGUAAGCUUGACGACAUGUCCAUCUGUCUCGCCAAAGUUGUCCCCAACAUCCCAUUUCAGAAAUCACCAUCCCAGUCGAAGAAGUCGUCGGGCCCCAAGCCACCAGGGCCUCUCAGGGCGCCAUCCACAUACUACGAUCUUUAA